CAAACCCUUGCACACAGGGAUGGAAUCAACACCCAGCCAACUUGGGCAAAUGCCAGGGCCCCUUCCUCCUGUGGUUCAUUUGGCCUCCUUAACUGUAAGCGCAUCCUAAUGAGGCACUUACAGUUGCAUCCAGCACUCAGUUUUAACAAAUUGAAGAGCUAUUGGCUCCUUGCUCUGUUACUCUCACUCUUAUCGGCACCAAUCGGCACUUUCUUUACAUUCUGUUGCAUGUGUGGGGAGGAAGACGAGACCCCGCUAAAAUGAUUGGAAGCCAAGAGCAAGAUCCAAGAGAAGAAGUGACAAAGCCGUCUGCAGAGCAGCAGAGUGUGCUGGACUCGCAGCGCAAAAGACCAAUGCCCAUGGUGCACACUCUCAAGGCGAGUCGUCCCAGGGUGACCAAUACAGCACCCACAGAUGUCAGUAAUGAAAGGGUGUUGCCUGGAAAGGGACCAGGUCAAGAAGAAAUUGACAGCAGAAAAAUACCUGAUAAUAAAGAUGAAGAAGCAGGAAUCACAGAGACUGAUGGUUUUUAUGACACGUUUCAAGCACUGGAUCCAGCUGCAGAGUAUAACAUGAAGCACACUCGGCGAGGCUUGGCUCUGAUCUUUAACCAUGACUGGUUCUACUGGCAGUUAAAACUGCUGGAAAGACGGGGUACUGAUACUGACAGAGAUAAUCUUUACAGAAGGUUAUCGGACCUUGGGUUUGAAGUCAGGGCCUAUAACAACCUCAAAGCUGCAGAAAUUCAUGAGAAGGUCCAUGAAGCUGCCUCGAGUGAUCACAACGAUACGGACUGCUUCCUCUGUGUGUUUCUGAGCCAUGGAGAAGAUAGUCAUGUUUUUGCUUACGAUGAAAAAAUUGAAAUUCAAGAACUGACCUCUCCAUUUAAAGGAAACAACUGCCGGAGUUUAGUGGGAAAACCCAAGAUUUUCAUAAUUCAGGCUUGCCGAGGUACUCAACAUGACCUACCAGUUAUACCUACUGACUGUACAGACAGCAGGGAAGAUAUUUCUCAAGUAAAUACCACUGAAGUAGAUGCCGCUUCUGUGUAUACUCUGCCUGCCGGGGCUGAUUUCAUCAUGUGCUAUUCUGUUGCAGAAGGCUACUAUUCUCAUAGGGAAACUAUAAAUGGGUCCUGGUACAUCCAGGAUCUAUGUGAGGCACUUAAGAAGUAUGGAAGAGAGCUGGAAUUUACUGAACUACUGACACUGGUGAACAGGAAGGUGUCCCUGCGCGCUGUUGAAAACUGUAAUGAUCGGAAUGCAAUAGGAAAAAAACAAGUUCCGUGCUUUGCGUCCAUGCUUACCAAAAAGCUCUACUUAAGACCAAAGUGAAAGCAGUGAAGCUCCUUUUUGUUCUUCAUCCAGAACUACAGUUUAGACAUACACUGAUACAUUUCACAUUAAUAUCCAUUAAGGACACCAGCAAACAUUUCACUUCAGAGGGUUCCAUAUUUACCAGCUGGGCUGCAAUCCAUUUCACUGUAGCCUAUAGAUAAGGGAUUAUUUUUUACAAAUUCUCAGGAAAAUGUAGGGUACAUUCGGGUAGUAGAUUUAGGUUCUGGGAGCAUUUUGUUUUAUAGAAUGUAAUUCUAAAUACAACUAUACCUUUAUCUAUUUUUUUCAAGUAAUGACUGCUUUUCUUCACUACUGUAAUGCAUUUUUAUAUGACUGUUGUGUGAAUCUAUAGCAAUAAACAUUAUUUCAUACAAAAUAUUUAGUGUACUUGUGGUAAUCA